AUGAGAAGAGAGGGGGCGGGUUACACUGAGCUGGUAACAAGGGUAUAAAAGAGCCAGGGCGAAAAGACGACAAAGUACGCAACACGCCAACUUGUUCAGAAACCAGACUGCAAACAUACAGAAUGUCUCAGCCAGAGGUUAAGAAGAAGAAGAGGCCAGUUGUGAAGGAGGAGGACCUGAAAGGAGCCCGCAGUAAACUGGGGCUAAAGGGAGAGGUCAAGAGCAAAACAUAUGAGGUCAUGGUUGAGUGUGAGCGCAUGGGGAAGGUGGCGCCGUCUGUUUUCAGUGGAGUACGAUCUGGAAGCGAGACAGUGCUCGAGAAACCCAAGCCUCCAUCAGGAAGCGUGUUUGGCAAAUGAGUGCAGAAUGCAUGAAUGAACUCUGGGUUUGAAAUGUUUGUGAGCACACAGAGUACACUUUUGGCAUCCACAUCAUGAAUUAAGACUGUAAUGUGGAUAAUUAUGUUACAUAUUUGUAAGUAUUAGUGUGUGUUUUUUAUACUGUUUGCUGAUGCCAUGUUUAUCACGUUGUACCUAAAAAUCCUUCUGUGCCAAUUUCUAGUCUCAUGUUUUCUACAUGCAAAAUUAGCUAAAAGUAUCUCCCAAGUCACCAAGUAUGAUUUCUGUGUCACGCUGCAUACAAACAAGUCUUAUUUCAAACCAUGUGAGCAAAUAUUACAUCACACAAUGUUGAUUUAAUGAAAUUGCUGCCUGUGCAAAUUUGAGGAAGGAGGGUGGAGUACAAAUGAAAAUAGAUGCUCAUUAAAGGAUGUAGUCUAAGAUUUCA